UGGACGCGAUAGAAACAACCGGAUGCACACAGCGUCGUUGGUGCUGCUUCUCGCGGGCGCCGCCGCCGCGGCCAACUCGACCUUUGUCUUCAAGGUCGACAUGAACGUGCCAGGCGUUCGCGCCAGCCGCAACCAAGACAACGUGCUCAUCCCGUGCCAGAGCAACGUGUGCGUGCCGUCGGGCGGCGCGAGCUUGGAGUUUUGCCGAAAAGCGUGCAACUCGGAGGCCGGCCAGGCCGACUGCGCCGCCCAGUGCACCUGCAACGGUGCGAAACCCGGCUUUAUGUGCGCCGGCGUCUGCAACCCGGCCAAGACCGCCGACGAGUGCGGGUCGCCCGUCUUCCAAAAGUGCAUUGGCCAAGACCUCGUGUGCGACCGGACACCGCCGUCGCCCGCGCCGAGCCCGUCGACGACGCCGGCGCCGAGUGCUUCGCCGACGCAAGCCCCGACGCCCAGCACUUCGCCUAAACCGACGCCUAGCCCAUCCUCCAACCCAUCGCCCAGCCCAUCCUCCAACCCAUCGCCCAGCCCGUCGCCCAGCCCGUCGCCCAACCCGUCGCCUAGCCCAUCCUCCAACCCAUCGCCCAGCCCGUCGCCGAGUCCGGCGUCGACGCAGCGUGUGCGCUUCGUCAAGCUCCAGAGCCCGGGCGAGGCCCACCUGAUCGAGUACUACACGGGCGUGUACUUUGGCGCGGGUCAAAACAACGCGAACGAUGCGUUCGAUUGGGACCCGUCGAUCGGGUCGAUUCGCUCGGUGAGCGGCAACGCCUGCCUCGACGCGUUUCUCGCAAACGACAAGAAGCUCUACGUGCACACGUACCCGUGCGACGCGUCCAACCCCAACCAGUUGUGGAUCUACGACGACGGCGCGCGCCAAGUGCGCCACAAGACGCACACCAACAUGUGCCUCGACGCGGACCCGUCCGACCCGGACAAGAAGGUCCAAAUGUACACGUGCGCCCAAGGCAAUGCGCACCAGUACUUUGAGAUGCGCCCGAUCCUGUCGCGCGGCCAGUAAGAAUGCACA